AUGAAUGGAACCAAACCCGCCGCCCCCCGGAGGGCUUCCCACCCUGUAAACGUCCUCUCGACCCAUGGUUUUUGUGCCGGGGCUGGGCCAAUUGACGACCCGUCGUGCAAGAAGAGAAAGCGAGCACCGAACACCCCAAGCCCUCCCCCCUUUUCCUACUCUUCAAGGACCGCGAAGUCCAAUAUAUCCGCAGGCCACCUAUCCAUAUCGGCGUCAUCCUCGUCAUUGGGCAAACCCUCUCCAAGAAAGAAGGGGAAAAUCACGACAACUGCCGACGUCGCCGUCGUGACCUCUGUCACUGCUGCCGCUACUGCUGCUGUCGUCGCCGUCUCCUCCGUUGCUGCCUCGCCCCAUCGACCUGCUUUACCGGUGGAGGGGCUUGAACCCUUCGGAUAUCAGGGUUUGGGCACUCGAUGGGUCCCAACCAUCCAGCCGGGCACGCUUAGCUGCAGCGAGGAGUUGGUCAAACCGAGUACGAGCCUCGAACCGAGCGCCCAGUUCAUUCCGUACUCUCCUCUCGCGCCGACACAAUACCCAAACGCGUAUUACCCUUCCCCGUAUCCCCUUGCCUCGAGCAGCCCAAACCUUUCACCGUUCCACCCGCAAACACCCUUCCCGCCUUUUCACCAGGAUCCUCUACCCCCAUAUCCCUGGUCAAGCUACUCGACCGAUCACUCCGGUAUUACGGCCCACAAACGCCACGGCGGCUCCUCCUCUCCUCACCCAUUAAACCUAGCACAGAUCCCGGCCAUGAUCGUGAAGAAGCAGCCUGUUCCGAACGGCGAUGGUACCUCUCCUGGAGGACCGUCACCGGUCAAGCCAGAUCCUUUGUGCCUUACGGUGGCGAUAAGGAACAAGAGGGAUGAGCAGCUAGGUGAUUGGUGCAUCGUCGAUGCAGAGCAACCAGGUCGAGACGGGGAUGGUAGCGAUUACGACAGUCCACGGGAGGCUUCCGACAUCUCGAGCGGCGAUAUCCCGGCUGGUGAGGGCGAUUCGUGGGAAAGCCUCGUCCUUCCGUUGCCAGGCGACGUCGCAAGCAACGGGAACCGCGCCAAAUCUCAGUCUGAAAGGCGCUCGCGGCGCUUGGGAUCAGAGGCUCGUGAGGCCACGGGCAGAACUCGCAAGCUCAAGUGCAAGCCGGACCCGGAAAACCCCAAGGAGGAAGACUGCCUGACGUGCCGCGGUGUGAAGCUAGAAUCGAAGAAGGUAAUUCACAGGCUUCCGUGCCUGCGAUGGAAGCUCGCCGAAAUCGUUCUCUUUCGGGACGGCGGCCUCGAUUUGACGAAGCGAUGGACGGGAGUCAAGAUGAAAGAUCUUGGGCCGAGGGACUGGGAUGGUAGCGAGCUUCGCAGGGUAAAGAUUACCAUAGGCUGUCCCGCAUUUCCGCUGCAAUUAACGGUCCGGAAGUUCCAUCCCAACAGUUUGGAUGUCACUUGGAAGCAUUGGGUCGAUUCGAAGGGUAACAAGAAGAGGUUCGAUAUCCAGCCUUUCGCCCUCGCCGACAUCAGGAAGACAGCCUAUGAGUACGACGAAUACGUCUACAUGUAUGCGCGUCUGGCCGUACGUGAGUACAGUCGAAAUGAGAGGGUCGAUACCCUGGUGCGCGAGACGUACGAUGCCGCGUUGAAAUACGCACUCAGGGUUGAUAAAUACCCGCCGCAACUAAAAGGCGACGACGUGAACCCUGCGCACUUCCUCAACCAGUACUUUCGUCUAUGGUUUGCCAUCAGGAACACUCUUGGGUCGGCAUUUGUGAUCGGGCCCGACACGCUCGAUAUGGACCCGAUUGAUGAUACCGAAUGCCCAUACCAUGGGACGGUGUCUGUGCCGCGGAUGAUCCCAGCGCAGUUCGACUCUCUGGGCCACGAGACGAUACUGGCACCACUAAGGAAGCAAGUGCUCGAAGGGCUGUGGAAGAUGAUAGCGAGCAAAAGCCCGUAUCACUUCUUCACGAUAUACCUCACCGUAUUCAUGUUCCUCCAUGAGGUCUCGGUGACAUCUGCCGAUCGGCUGCGCCGUGCCAGAGAAAACAAGUACGAAACUUGUCGAUACGACCUCGCGCCGUUUACGGAGAGGCUUCAGGAGGGAGCGAACAUCGUCCUCAGCUACUGGCACUACUACAAGAGGGAUGUUAACCCACUGACGAUGGAUACCGACAACAGGAAGAAGACAAUCUGGGCGGAGCUCAGCCCCACGGAGAUCGCACUUCUCGCCGAUACGUCGCGAGCAUACAAAGAGAGAGCGGCAGCGGCAGCAGAACGGCAGCCACCGGAAGAGAUGACCUGGGAACACGAUCUCUACUUCGUAUCGCAGAUGUUCGAUGAGGACUGGCAGCCAGGGCCAACAUUCAGGUGGUAG